AUGCAAUGGACUGGAGGGGUAUAUGCUCGCAUGGCAGAAGUAAGGAAUGGAAUAACGAAUGCGAUAGUAGCAGGUCUGAUUGGUGUGAUGCAAUGGACCGGAGGGGUAUAUGCUCGCAUGGCAGAAGUAAGGAGUGAAACAACGACUGAAAAGUACACUGUGGAAUCAGAAGGAGCCAUGAGAACAUUGCUUGUUGCUCGUGGUUACCUCUACUCAAUUGAUGUCCGACGGUUUCAUUAUGGAGGUAAAAAGUCUACUAUAGCGUGUGGUGCUACCCGCUUUGGUCAGCAUGAAAUUGUUGCAUUUCUUUCAUACACUACGGAUUGCGGCGUCUUGUUGACUCUUACUGAGGAUCGUAUCCUCAAUGGCACCAAAAUGGGAUCGGCAUUCGGUUACGCGGUCGAAAAUGCUGAUUUGAACAACGAUGGCUUAGGUGACACCUGGUUAUCGGUGCGCCAUUCGAGCAACGCUUCAAUUCUGAUCGCCAUUUUGGAAGAGUUGCCCAUGUUCACUACUCGCAGAGUGAUGAGCGAAAUAAGUCUUGGCGACAGUAAACUAGAUCAUGUCGUGGAGACAAGGAUGAUUUUAACGGAAUGGUAUAAUUUGGAUAACUUACUACUGGGACUAGAAAGGAUGUGUUUGAGCUUGUUGAAAAAGUGUGCAAUGGCAGUAGUUCAUGAACUCUCGGAUAGUGACAUAAUGGAGGUGAGGGUGGACAUGGCUGCCACUUCAUCGGCGGCUAGUGAAUAUCCUCUGUCAUACUGCCCUAUUUGUGAUGAGGGCCUGAGGGAUCAUAUGAGCCUCGCUCGUCGUUGUGACGACAGGCAUAGCGAUGUGUGGUUGGAUGAACAGUGUGAGAGGUCUGGAACCACAUUUUACAAACGAUCAAGCUACGAUGGAGGAAAAAGUUACAGCCUAAGAUGUAACCGCGCCGGAGCUUACAAGAAGAAGACGUGCACAAGGGCCACAAGUAGCAAGAAAGACGUCUCUAGCUGCUCCUGUUUUAUCAACGUCCACGCCAAAGAAGAUCACGUAGAGGUUCAAGGCUGCUUCGGCCACAUCGGGCACGACGUUGAGCCCGCGUUAGUGCGGUUGACUCACAAGCAGGAACAAAUUUUUUAGGG